AUGGAACUACAAUGCAGAAAAUCGACAUUUGUGAAUAAAUUAGAUAAGAAAUAUGCUAUAGGAAUUCCAAUAAACUCCAUGAACAGAUCUCCAAGAGGAUUUUUAAUCGAUCCUGCUUGCCAAUUCAGUGUUAUGCCUUCUCCUUCCAAUCAGCAUUUCAAUAUCGGACACAGUAAAGCAGAUUUAGCAAUCCUUAGGAUGAAGAAACUUGGAGAAUGGAUGGAUAAUUUUACACAAGGAAUCCGAGAGCAUGUAGCUAUUGAAACUACUUUGAGUUUGCUCUUUGGCUUCUCAAAAAAAUUGGCCGAUGGGGCUUUUAUCAGAAUGCAUCAAUCCGUUCUGAAACUGGGAUGUGUUGAACAGCAAGUUGUUUAG